UGCCGCGGCAACGAAGUGCCUUAUCCAGCUCCGGCCAUACCCGCACUCAUACUUGUCAUUCUCCUUAAGGCGACAACCAAAGUGGGGAAGCUGGUGAAGUAGUUCCCGGAAUGGACGAAUCCAGCCACCCAUCUUCGAUUCCUCCGUGGCGCCGAAACUAGCCAUCUGCCGCCAAUGGCGCUUCUUGCUCGUGCAUUCUCGCCCACUGCUCAGCUCCUCAAUCCGGAUGCCGCUCACAUCCUCCGGGCAGCGAAGCUCGCCGACAGCUCGGCGGGUUUCACGUCGCCACACCCAAAUUUUGGAUGCGUCAUCGCGAAAGACGGCGCCUCCGUGGGCGAGGGGUUUCUGUACGCCCAGGGAACGAAAUGCGCGGAGUUGCAGGCAGUGGAGGCGGCCGGAGAACUCUGUAGAGGAGCCACUGCUUAUCUGAACCUAGAGCCCGGCGAUUGUGAUGGCGAUGACACCGCCAUUUCUGCCCUGACUCAGGCAGGAAUUUCUAGGGUUGUGGUGGGACUUAGACAUCCUUUGAAGCAUCUUAGAGGAAAAGCAAUACGUGCAUUAAGAAGCCAAGGAAUUCUGGUUGAUGUGCUGGGUGAAGAAUUGCAGGGUAAAAGUCUUGAGGAAGCUUUAAAAUUGUGUCUUACGGUGAAUGCUCCUCUUCUCUAUAGAGCUGCUUAUCGAGUCCCCUUCUCUGUUCUCAAGUAUGCUAUGACCCUUGAUGGAAAAAUUGCUACUAGCAGUGGACAUGCAUCAUGGAUUAGUAGUAAGCUCUCCAGAGACCGUGUCUUUGAACUAAGAGGCAGAAGUGAUGCUGUCAUUGUAGGAGGAAAUACUGUGCGUCGUGAUGAUCCCCGUCUUACAGCUAGACAUGGAGGUGGGCAUGUGCCUGUUCGAAUUGUGAUGUCACAGACAAUGAAACUUCCAGAAGUUGCACACCUUUGGGAUGUUUCUGUUGCACGCACCAUUGUGGCAACACAAAGAGGUGCAAGAAGAGAAGUUCAGAAGCUGCUUUCAUCCAAAGGUGUUGAAGUCGUUGAAUUUGAUAUUUUAAACCCAAGGGAUUUGAUGGAGUACUGCUAUGAACGUGGAUACUUGUCAGUUCUGUGGGAAUGUGGAGGCUCAUUGUCUGCUCCUGCCAUUGCCUCUGGUGUUAUUCAUAAGGUGUUUGCUUUUGUUGCCCCCAAAAUAAUUGGUGGGGAAAAUGCUCCAACUCCAGUUGGAGAGCUUGGGAUGGUUGAGAUGUCUCAAGCACUAAAUCUAAUUGAUGUCUCAUUUGAGCAGAUUGGACCAGACAUGCUUAUAAGCGGCCAUCUCCAACCCAUUCCUGAUUUAACACCUAUAAUACCAUCUGUGGAUGAAAUGUCAGUCCUUGAUCCAACUCUAGCUCCUUAUGAAGCAAACAUCAUAUUCUUUUACAAGACAUGGGAUCCCUAUGGUGCAUUUUCAAAUUUCUCUCCUCAUCCUCUGCAUAUGCCUGAUGAAAGUGGAGAGUACUUCACAUGGUCUAGUGUUGAGCACUAUUAUCAGGCCCAUAAAUUUUGGGGAGUAAAAGAUCCUAAAGCAAUUGGCUUUGUGGAACAAAUAAAGUCUGCUACAAGCCCAGAGGAAGCUGCACGCAUAGGGAGGACAAUGCAGAGGCAAUGCCCUGACCUGGUAAGAACAGACUGGGAAAACCUUAAGAUCGAUGUCAUGUACAAGGCUUUGAAACACAAAUUUUCUAUCUAUCCUCACUUGAACGCUCUUCUUCUUUCAACUGCUGGAUCAGUGUUAGUUGAAGCAUCGCCGCAUGAUCUUUUCUGGGGUGGUGGCAGGGAGGGUGAAGGUUUAAAUUACUUAGGUAGGCUGUUGAUGCAAUUGCGAUCUGAGUUCCUUGGUGAUGGUUCAUCCUCUACCCAGAGUUCUUGAUCGUGCUUAAUAAUGUAGAAGUAUGGUCAUAUGACAUUUGAACUUGAAUUAUUCAUGCACAAGUGAUUGUAAGAAAGCCAGUUUAGGUUCAGUAGAUGUUGUGUGUGUGAGUGAGAAAGUGAUAGGGAGGCAGACACCGAUUAUUCUUUGAAAUAAUGAGGAUAUCAAUUAAAUAUGUGUAUUUCCUGUAAGGUUCAGAUGGGUUUGUAAAGUUCUCAACUUAACAAGCAUCUAUAUACUGUAUCACAUUUAGAUUGGUUUUUGUAACCUUUUGAUCGAAAGAUGUAAUCAAUGAACAUUGUGAAAAGUGCAUAUUAAGUGCCAGAGUGUCACUCUUUUGUAUGUA